AUCGAGCCAGCCAGAAACAACUGAAAGCUGACUGUAGUUAUUUACUCACUGUUAUUUUACUCCUAAGAUGAAUGACCUUCAAUAUGAGAUUAUUGUUCAAGAAGUUGUUCAAAGUGAAUUGAGACAAACAGUAUCCUCUCAGCCUAUAUAUGAACGUUUUGGUGGUAAUAUAUUUCUCCCUGCCUCUCGUACAAAAGUUUUAAUGACCUGUGAAGGUAGGUAUGGAAAAAAAACAGCUUUGAAAUGCUUUCCUUUAUUUAUUUAGAAAAACUUAAAAAAUUACGUGAUCAAUCGUUAAAAUUAAAAACUGACAAGAGUUGAAGUAUUUUUGUUGUUGUUGUUGUUUUUAUUUUUUUUACAAUUUCUUGAUAACUAACUUGUACAGUUUAAUAUUUUCAAGAAAAAACUAUCUUACUACUUAUAUAAAAACAAAAGUAUAUGAAGCAC